AUGCUGUGGGCAUCGGGCUUGCCGGGCCGGUACUGGGGCGACUCGGUCAAGUACGAGUCGAACAUACGCAACCGAGUCCCAACCAGAGCCAACGCUGACAACCGAGCCCCACUCGACGUAAUCGCCGGCAAGACUUCGAAGGUGGCUCAUAUUCUGCGGUUUGACUCGACUUGCACAACCCAUGUCGCUCACAAGAAGGCUGCGUCGGUGAAGCGCCGGGCUGAGAAGGCCGUGGUGAUCGGGAUCAGCGAAACCCAGAAGGGGUACCGCUUGUUCCUAUCGCGGACAAGGAAGAUCAUCACAAGUGCAGAUGUGCAGAACAUCUGCAGCGGGGCUGCUGUAGCUUUGCGUCAGAGGAAGCUUAAUAGACUCACAGAUCUCAGCUUAAGAUAGCCCGUUCUAAUACCAGACCGUACACCUUACGGACUCC